CUUCCGGUGGCGGCGGUUGCGGGGGGGGACGGCGCCAUGGCUUCCGAGGCCGAGCUGGCCUGUAUCUACAGCGCGCUCAUCCUCUACGAUGACGACGUGGCCAUUACCGAGGAUAAGCUGAAUGCUUUGAUGAAGGCAGCAGGAGUUACAGUGGAACCCUUCUGGCCGGGCUUGUUUGCCAAGGCUCUGAGCAACGUGAAUAUUGGCAGCCUGAUCUGUAACAUCGGGGCUGGUGGUCCUGUACCCCUCAGUGCUUCCUCUCAUGGUGGAGCAGCUGCAGCUGGGGUGGCUGCUGCAGCUACUGAUGCUGAAGAGAAGAAAGCUGAGGUGAAGGAGGAGUCGGAGGAGUCAGACGAAGACAUGGGCUUUGGGCUCUUUGAUGACUAGUCUGAACCUUCCAGCAAGAGAGACUGAAGAGCUUCCCACCCAGUGAUUCCCAACGCCCAAGCCAACCUGAGAUUACCAAGUGGACAGGAAAGAAAACACAGCUGUCUGUUUAGCACACUUCCAUUCAGAAUCUGUGUGUAAUGACCUGUGUUCCUCUGUGACAGGCAGUCUGUAUAGCCAGGUGAGAGCCACGUUGCUGUUGAUGCUGCAUUGAGCAUGUUACCAGUGGCGUUGGUGUUGGCUGGGGAUUUGGGAAUUGGAUCCUAUUCCUGCACACAUCCCUUGCACUUUGAUCUCCUUUUAACAUGUGCCCUCUAAUAGCAUGUUGCACAGAGCAGAUGUAAUAACCUGCCCCUUAGUGAACGCAGCACUGUAGACAGGGACACUGGAGACUUUAGAUGGAGGAGGGAGAGUGGAGAGAAGCAGCUGUAACUUUGCCACACCUCCUCCCCAUAAUGCACUGGUCAGAAAGUAUAAAAUUCCAGAAUUUUAUUAUAAAUUAAAUUUCUAGAGUUUAAGUAUAGUUUUAUUUUUCUUAAUACCAGAAAAUAGUUUAUCAUAGUGCUCUGAAAUGAGACGCUGUGUGGCUGUGGUUGGGAAUGAGGGUGCCCCUUGAGGCACCAUUUUGAAUCACGGCAGCUAGAGAGACUGGAGUUGGCAGAAGAUGGAGCUAUGCACUUUAUUGCGGUUUGCACUGUUUUAACAUUUCCUGUGAUUUGAUUUUACAUCUAAAAAAGGACAUUGCUGCUUGUGAAAGUAAUUUGGGGGAAACUGCAGGACAAAUAAUUUCUUGGCAGCACCUGGCCGUAACCUCACUGCACUGGUUUUUCACCCAUUAGCAGCUGUUCUCAGAGUUGAGCCUCCUUAUAAGGAGCUCCAUUGAUUCAAUGAGGGUGACCCCUGUAAACAGAUGCAACCAUAUCACCCAGUGACGGUGGUCCCUAUGAACAGGGGCCACUCUGUUAUCCAAUGGGCCGCAUUAAUUUGGUAAGUCUGCAGUAUAAGGGAAGAAAACAGCAACUGAACAUUCAACACUUGAAAUAAAUCGCUGGAAUAUUUAUGGUUGUAGCCUUCACCAGCUGGAGUUGUGAAGAAUGUCUAACGAGAGUGGGGCUGAUACGGUUGAAACUCUGCUAUCCUUUUUUCCAACCGGAUGUGAAAAUAAAAGGCUAUAAUUCCC